CAGAGGCAGAAUAAAAGUUUCAUAGUCACCACUCACUUCUUCCCCAACUUACACUUUAACAAAUAAUUUCACGGUUAAAAGGAAGACUAUAGAAACAGGUAGAGAAGAGAGAAUGAAGAGAAAGGUUCUGUUGGUGAGUUGUGUUGUUGGAUUCUUGGGUCUAUUGUCAGCUGCAACUAGCUUUGGUGCAGAAGCGACAAGGAUUAAGCGUUCUCAAGUUCAAUUUGUAACCCCAAAUCAAUGCAUAUAUCCUCGAACUCCAGCUCUACCUCUUGGUUUAACUGCAGCUCUGGCUCUCAUGGUAUCUCAGAUUGUCAUAAACGUCGCAGCCGGCUGCAUUUGUUGCCGGAAAUUCCCUCAAAUCCCUGAUUCCAGUUGGAAGGUGGCUUUGAUCAGCUUCUCUUUAUCCUGGUUCACAUUUGUUAUUGCGUUUCUUCUGUUGCUAACUGCUGCGGCCCUGAAUGAUCAACACGGCGAAGAGAGCAUAUACUUUGGCAACUACUACUGCUACAUUGUGAAGCCUAGGGUGUUUGCAGGGUGUGCAAUUUUAUCCCUUGCAAGUGUUGCCUUUGGUAUUGUCUAUUAUAUUACCUUAGCUGAGGGAAAAAAUGGUAACAACUCUUGUGAUUCCUUGGAUCCAAAUCAUGGGGGCAUAGCCAUGGGACAACCUCAGAUACCACCAACUCAAGUUAGCCAUGACCCAGUGUUUGUACAUGAAGACACAUACAUCAGAAGACAGUUCACAUGAUAAUCAGCACUAGUUCCUAUUUCUUUUAUAGUUAGAAAAAAAGGUCUAUAAUUCUAUUGUUGUGUCUAGCAGUUGGAGUAGGACUCAAAUAUAGAGAUAGUAUAAAAAAUACAUCAUUUAUGUUUUGAGAUAUGUACAUCAUCUAGUUUUCCAAGGUAAGCCAAGCUUUAUUCAUAUUCAUAGAAAUAGUAUUUGUUAGAGUUUUGUUUUUAUGUAACAACUAAUUAACUAUGUACAUGUAUCUGUCUCAAGAAUGUUUUGUGAGGGAGUUAUGUUGGUUCUGACAUACAAUACAGAAUAAAGAUGUUGCCUCCGUUUUCAUUUCAA